AUGAGCGCUUCUUACUCGACAACGGUCAUGGCCUCGGGCACUGCGCUCCUCUCGACGCUACCACAGCGUGCACUGCACAUUCAGAUGCUCUUGCAGCAGCACGUAAGCGAGCGCGUGCCCUCGAAGCUGCGCGUGCAGUUUGCUCAGGCCGUGCUCGCCGCCCCUUCGGCCGUGGGCUCGAACAGCGAUGUGCAGGCGCUUGUGAGCGUCGUGGGCGACGAGAUCGCGCAGCUCUUGAGUGCGCUUCAGCAGCUGCAGCUCUGGAUCCAGCUGCAGGUGCCCAAGGUCGAAGACGGCAACAACUUUGGCGUGGAGGUGCAGAAAUACGCCUAUAUGCACCUAAAAGAGUCGCACGAAAAGUGGCAAAAGACGUGGGACGCGCUCGCGGACUACUGCUCCGCGCGGGCGACUGCUGUGGAGAAGCUCAACAUGAAAGCGACCUCUGAGUCGAGCACGACGACGACUGUCACGUCGUCCAAGGGCGGCAAAGACGGCGACGAGGAGAAGAGCGUGACGGCCAAAGUGGAGAAGCAGAGUCACACGGGGAGCCAAGUGGCAGCGGACGCACUGGCUGCGGUGGUCGAGCUCGACGUCAAGUGGUACGUGAACUUGGUGCGCGCGCUCGAGGGCGUGCGGGACCAAUAUGCCGUGACGGCCGACGUCAUUGCGAAGAAUAAGGAGAAGAUUGAGCUGCCGCGCGGGAAGAACGACUGUGCAGGGUUUAAUAUGUUUUAA